AUGAUUAAAUAUUACUGGUUUGUUUCUUUGAGGGGUUGCGUCCAUUCAUUCUUUUAUACAUUACUUCUUUCUUAUUUCUUUAUUCGUGUUCAUUCAUUCAUUCUGUUUUGCGUAGCGUAUAUUCUUUCUUUUAAUCAUUUUUGUUCACUUUUCUUUGAUUCUGUGUUCGUCUUCAUGUAUUUAUCUAUCUUUUUUUGUUCUUUCUUUUCUUCGUGUUCAUUCGUUAUGCUCUUCCCUUCAUUAAUUGUCUUCUUUCUUUCUUUCCUUGUUUCUUCGCGUAUAUUCAUACUUUCCGUGUUUCUUUUCAUUCACCCUUUCUUUCUUUGCGUUCAUUCAUUAUUUCUUUCUUUAUUUUUUCGUGUUCAUUUCGUAAUUCUUUUAUUUAUUGGUGUUUUUAUUACUUCAUUCAUCAUUUUCAUUCCUUUCCUGUUUAUUUCUUUCUUUUUCUUUCUUUCUUUUUACGCGUUCACUCAUAUUUUUUUCUUUCUUUUAACGCGUUCAAUCAUAUUUUCUUUCUUUCUUUCUUUCUUCCUUUCUUUCUCCGCGUUGUAUGAUAUUUUCUUUCUUUCUUUGCCUUCAUUCAAUCACUAA